AUGCUCAGAUGGCUAACUCGACUCUCAUGUAUUCUUCUUCACCUCCUCAUCCUCCGUCAGCCAGCGAACGUCCAGACGGAUUUCGUCGAAGACGUCGGCGCCGUCAACCAGCCGCACAUCCCACCGCCACCGCCUCCGUUUCCAUUUAAUGUCAUCGUGAUUCUUCCGAAAAAAGAAUCAAUCUAUGACAACUUUGGGAUGACACUUCAGAAAGCGAUGCCCGUCAUCGAUAUCGCCGUUCAAGACGUCGUUGAACGGCAGAAGUAUCUGCCGCCCGGAUGGAUCAAUUUGACGUAUUGGGACUCGAAACUCUACGAAGACAUUUUGCUGGCGGAGAGGCAUGCGACAGUUGGAGUCAUCCAGGCAUACUGUGAACAUCGAUUAGACGCGAUUCUCGGAUUCGCCGACAACUACGGACUGGCUACCGUAACCAAAGUGACAGCAGGACUCAACGGAGGAAUUCCAAUUCUGACGACUUCUGGAAUGCCAUCACUUUUGAAUUCCAAAAAAGAGUAUCCCUUUUUGACACGUAUGCAAGGAAGCUACAGAUUGCUAGCCGACUCCAUGUACCAGUUGAUUGCCUAUCACGACGAUGACGCGAUUUCACAGAACAACUCUUCGUUGAACUAUCUGAAUCUCAUAUUCUUCUACCACGACAAACGACGAGCGGUGAAUCGAGUGAUCACACAGGAUGAGAGUCAGGAGACGGGAGCCACGUCAUCACAUUGCUACUUCUCACUGUACGCCAUCAAACGAUACUUCACCGAGAAGAGUAAAACGUUUAAACGGGAAUGGGCACUCAACACUCCGCAAUUUCCAUUCGAUGAGGAUUUGGUGAUAGAACGGGAGACGUUUAAGCAAUGGUUGAGAGAGAUUUCAAUGCAAUCGAAUGAAGACGUUGUUGUCUGGAAGUAUUAG